UACCGAACAUUACUGAAGGUUAAAAACACUCAUCAAACAUUAUUAAUUUUGUUCCUUAAAACCUGCAGUGACGUAGUUGAGCAGGAAUUCUGCGUGGCCGCGAUGGAUCACACGCGCMCCGAUUCGGUGACGGAGGUAGAGGACGUGGACGACCAGGAUGGCCGGCUGUACGAGUAUCUGCUGGACAGCGGUGUGUUGAACGAUGUGCACACGUUGGCCGAGUCGAUUGUCGGCUCGUCCGUGUCGUCGUUUGACGUGGACGGCGUUGAUGACGACAACAACGACACUGACUCCGCUGCUCGUCGAAUCGCUGACCGGCUAUUGGAGCAGAACGCCGACGACGUUGAGCAGGCACUGGACGCGGCGAUGUGCGACGCCCUGCUGGCCACUGAAUCGGCGGCCCGGUUGGUGGACUACCAGUGGCCGGKKCUAGUGGACAUCGGGCCGGGCCGGCUGGCACGCGAUACCACCCGUAGCUUAAACGCUCUCGUCCGGUUGCCGUUCACGUACGACACCUACAUGGGCUCAUUCUUCCAGCGGCUGACCGACGGGCUGUCCCGCGCAGUGUCGGUAGACGUGCACUUCGGCCUUGCGAUCCGCGUGUACGCUAAGCUUGUGGACAUGGCACCGGACCCGGAGAGCGCAGCUGAAAGUUUCAGUUCACUGUGCGAGGCCACGCAUGCACGGUGCAUGUUACGACAGCGACGUGACUUCGCCAAGACAGUGGCAGYCGUAUCGUUGACGGCCCGGUGCUUGUCCGUGGUCUGCAGGCGGGCCGCUGGUUGUCGCGGGGCCGUCAAACCGGCCGUUGUCGAAUUCGUGGCCACCAUCGCGGCCGACCCCGGUGGUCGUGGCCCGUACGCCGUUCUGUGCUGUGCCGAUCCCACUGCCACGUGGUUCAAUACCGUUUCUAAGUACUACUCGUCCCGGUCKGCCUUUUUCCAGUGCCUUGACGGUGAUCGGAGGCUCCUUCGGGCCGUCGUGUCCGGUUUCCACGAGUGGAUCAUCGAACCCGAGAUCCCUCGACGGUCGGACAUGGCGGACAUAGCGGCCGUGGUCCGGUAUGCCCGUGCGCUGCAUGCCAUKUACCUGUUGGCCAAAAUGUUCAGAUACCGCGUUACAGUGGCCAUGUUCCCGGUCAAGGUGUCCAGGAUGCUACGGAUCCACGUAGCCGGUAUAUCGAACCUCUGUCUCGGAUUCCUGUCUGCCAACCGCCGAAGCGCUCCUGCGACGUUGACGAACGGCCUCUGCCUGCUGGUGGCCUCAAUCGCUGCUUUCCAGCCUGAGACGCUCGACCCUAUCGCGGAAAACGCUUUCGGCUUACGCAUACUGGCCAAGGUCACUGAGCGUUCAGACGCGUUGCCAGCGUGCCAACGGUGGUUGGACGGAUUGUUCGAGAAAAGGCGCUGGAAGGAUGUCGGCGGUGCGGACGUUGAUUCCUUGACGGCGAUCGCGGCCUCGCUGACUGGCAGUAGUCACGAUGGGAUCUGGCAAAUGAUUACCAGGAGGAUGUCAUUCCUGGAAAACGCGGUCGCCGGUGACCCUAAUCUCGGCCGUCGUCGGCAACUCUUGAUWAAUGUGCGUGGGACGCCACUGGGGACGUUCACGUACGACAUGUUGAAGCGAGGAGACGUGGCGAAGCGCCAGGACGACUUCGAUUGGUCAGAUCCGCGACAGCUGUUGAUGGUGAGCGUUGCCUGCUCCACGACCGCGGGCAGACGCUGGCUGGGUCAGGCGGACGCGUUCGGUUCGCUUGGCAGAUUUGUAGCGACCCAUUUGCACCGAACGGAAGUUUCUCUCGAACCGGAUGGUGACUGGAAGUCACUCGACGCGAUCGUCCGCGUCGCAUAUUCCUGUUGCGCGUCGAUCGAAGGAUUAAACGUUGUACUUGACCACUGCUGCGACGAUGGUUCGGACCCCGCAGUGACCGGAAUAAUGACACUCACGGAACUCUACUACGCUUUGCUUCAAAACUUUGAUGGAUAUCCCAUUCCGAGGGAYGUUCUCGUGAUACUGUGGCUGCGUUUAGUACAAACUGCCACGCACACGUUCAGUUCACGUGUUUAUACGGACUUAAAACUAAACUAUCAAGAAACAUUAUUAAAACUGUCCGCCGAAAGCCGUACGGRAGACGAAAUAGUUUUCGUCGACGAAACAACCGAACUUUUGACAAAAUUACAACGCCCUCUGCUGUCGGAUGGCACUCGGUACUCCACCGAAUCUACCCCUGGCGCUCUGGCAGGGUUUUUGGCAAAUAAUAGUCAAAAUCACGGGGGAGUUUGGUUACAGAGGGUGCGCUCUAUAAUAAUCCGUUCCGACCAGAUAACCGGAACGGAAACGAUGGAUUUAAUAGCAUCUGUUGGUCGUCGCCGUUUUAACGGCCAACUCGACCUAAGCACGUUCGAUCGUAAAUCAAACCUAACCGACUUCGAUGUCAUCGGAAUACGAUUGGCGCUGAGGUACGGGUCGAGCGUCGGGAUGGUGGCUGAAGAUUCGGCGGCGUCUUCGGAACUCGAACAACUAUACAGUCGUGUCGAAAGACGAGGAUCGCCAGAGCUAUUCGAUUGCAUGACUUGUACGUUGUUUAUAGCGUCGGGUGGAUCGGAAAACGGGUUUGUGAUGUGUAUUGAGGCGUGUGCCGUACUGCUCAGACUCAACGAAACAAUGCGAUACGUUUGGUCGCCGGCAUUUGACGAAGACGCCGACCGGAGAGCUGCUUUCGGUCAUUUGGUUGAAGGGUUAUUGCAACAAGAGCAACCCGAAGUGUACAACGCAUUUAAGAUGUCUGGCGUCUCGUGGUGGCUUCUGUGUUCCGGCUGGGCAUCUGAUUGUUUUUGGGGCCGCCUAAGCUGGCCCGAAAUUUGCCGUUGGCUGUGUCUGAUCGUCGUGAGCUCGAUCGACUACCAAGCGUUCUUUUUCGUCUGUCUGGCCAUGGCUCAAAAGCGCAGGUGGUUGGAGGCGUUCAACCAGGGCCGGUUUCAUGAUACUGUUUUCCAAGGUGAUUUCUGCGAUUUYCGUCUAACUGACCAUGCCGUUUACCUGGAGGAAUUGGCGAAAAAGCACCAUCGGUGCAUAUCGAAAAAACUCACUGCCGAAUUCGAUAUGCAUUAGACGUACUAUAUAUAUAUAUACAAUAUACAUAUUAUAAUAACCACGUCCAACUGCAGCAUUCAGCGUUUCAGUUCACUUUUGUGCUUCGACGCUUUAUUGAAUGACAAUGAGAAGACAACCGAAUCAGGUGAACCAGUGCGUUAUAUGCGUUAUAUAAAUAAACGUACGGAUCCAUGAUAGUUGUAUUUUUGGGUAAAUAUUUUUUCAACCGCACUCAUGUGCAUACUAUGCAUACACGUGUUUGGAUCUCAGCAUUGUCGACCAAAACGUUUGUUAAACCCUGCAGACAGAUACGUAAACAUUAAAAAUGUUACUACAUCGACUUCGAUCCAAAAGUUCACCGUCGRCCGUAACAUUAAACACGUACAGUAAG